GAAUGGAUCUUGUGGAGACAUGCGGCGGAUAUUGGGCGAGCAGUUGGAGCAUACGACAUGGCCACAGCGGCGGCAAUGGUGCUACCGCGUCCGUCAGUCAUCACGGCAAUCCUCCCCGUGAAGGCAGGUAUUCCCAUCAUCUCACUCAGUACCUUUCGAUUGAUCAUGGAGAAAUCCGCGUGGCAGUUCAUGCACUUGGCGGUAUCUUUGUCCGGCACCCAUUUGAACGCUUCCCGAUUCACCGCCGGCAACGGUCCAAACAGCGCCGCCAUGUAUCCCUUUGCACGUCAAUACCAAUAUGGAAUUGCACGUCAUUUUUUUGAAAUUGCGGGGCGGCAUACAAUCUACGAGUGCAAUACAAUGCCAAAGUGAAAUGAUGUGAUUGGCUCGUAGGAUCCAUCAUGAACCAAUCCCAAGCCACGAUGGUUGAACCAUUAUCCAUGUUCCGCUGACAUUCCAUGUUUGCUUGGUUGUUUCAGAUAUAUUUGGCCGUUUUCUUAGCGCCCCUCAAGGUGGAUUGCAUUAGUUACGGGAGAAGACAUCGCCAUGGUGUUUGUCUCGUUCGAAGGGUUCCUCGAUGCUGUUCCAUCCGCUUCAUCCCAUCAUGAUCAUCACCACCCUCCUCCAGCCGACGACACGCCAUCCCUAGAGGUGGUCGUGACCCCAGGCUCGCCUCCCAAACACUCUGUCAACACAAGCCGAUCGCCACUCAAGGCUAUGGACGCCAACUACGUGGUGUUCGUACAGGACAAUGCAGUCACGGCUUCCACGUACGCCCUGCGCAAGUCGCAUGUCCAGAUCGCGGCGCUCCACGACAACGUCCGACGCUGCAUCCUCGAGCACCCGUGCACGACCUUCGCCUGCUGCGGUCCACUGCGCCGACUCGCGUCUGCACGCCCGCCUGCCAUCAAGUCGCGCUUCUUCGACCUGUCGUCUGACUUGAAAGUGGACGCUGUCGUCACCCAGCGCACAUGGGUCGUCGAAACCUUCGUCAACGACCUCCUCGAUGCCACCACGGGUCGGGAUUUGGACUGCGCGGCCGUCGGCGCCGCUCGACACGCGCUGCAUCUCUUCCUGGACAUCCCAUCAAGGCGACACGUCCACGUCACCCAUGCAUUGCACCAGUUGAAGCAACCCCAGCGUACACCACGUACGAACCAAAACCACUCGUCGAAUGCUCACAAGUUGUGCUCCAUCUGUCUGGACCCUGCCACCCCGUCACCACGUCACAUGCUCGAGCCAGAUAUGCCCGUUGGUUUAUGCGACAACGUAUGCUCGUCGGUGGACAAUCGAGUGGUGGUGACCCUCGGCUGCGGCCACGUGUUUCACGAGCACUGUGUACAUCCAUGGUUACUCUCCCACUUCGCAUGCCCCGUCUGCCGAACAUCCCUCACUAGUUCAUGCUAGUCAACCCCUUAGUAUUUUUCCUUCUUCUUGUUUAGUAUAUAAUUUUAACAACAUUAGAAACAAAUGGAUUGACUGUAAAAUAUAUGCUGACAAUAAUACAAAUAUGUACGAA